CGUCCGCGGCGUACUGGGUACCGCGCGUCCCUUGCCAGCUCUGCCUGCCCGCCUACAAGAGGUACAUGCCUCGCUCGCUCCCGCGCCGCCGAGGUAGCAGUACCUCGCGCUCGUCCUUGUGCCACCACCACCAUUAUACCACCACCACCACCACCACCACCACCACCAACCUCCGUCAGAUCUCAGCCGCCGUCGCUGCUCGGCCACGUUUUGCCUCUGUCCUCGCACAGGCUUGAAUUCCCCGGGCCUGGCCAUCGCCGUCUCCAUUUCGCUUCGAUCCUCGUGGGCUACCCGGUGUGGGCUUGCGCAUCCCAGCAGCCCUUCGCUUACACGGCCACAGACCGCAGCUCCUCCGGGUCCCAACGUCUGCGCACCGGCUCCGAGACUCCAAGCGCUGCGGCAGAUCGACGCCCAUCCGCGGCGCUCAGCAGCAGCAGCUCUCGGUCGAGGGCCUCGGCGACAUCUACUGAUCAAAGCUUCCCCUCGCGCACAAGCUCAGCCGCCGCCUUUGCGACCAACCCCUCGCUCCCUAGCUCUAACCGUGAUUCCUUCAUCUCGAUUGUCGACGAUCCCUUCUUCCAGAGCCUAGACAGCCCAAUCACCCCUACCGCUCCCGCCGCCGACACGUACAAAUAUCUCGAGUCCGAAUCAGAGACAUUGACAGAGAUUCCCUUCUUCUCUCCCGAGACUCCUCGCAGCAACAGAUAUGAUCACGAGGGGCAACAUAAGCUACAUUGGCCACCCCCCCGUCGAGAGUCGUUGACAAUUGGAUCUUCCCCGUUUUGGUCGCAGCAAACCUCCGCCAUGGAGAGCUACAACAUCGCCAUCAUUGGCGCCAUGGGCGUCGGCAAGUCCACCUUUGUGCAACGAAUUCUGGGCUUGUCGCGCCCGCCCAUAUCUACCGCGUCCAGCGUUCGCAUCAACCUUGAUUCCACCUCUUACAUGAUAACGCUCCUCGAGCUGGACCUGGACUCGUUCGAGCUGAAUACAAACACCACACACCCCAUCCAGUGGCCAAAACAAAUCAACGGCCACAUCGUGCCCCGAGUCGACGCCGCCUUGGUGCUUUACGAUGUUACGAAUAGAGACACCAUCCGUGAGCUUCCUCAGACGCUGGCUGCUUUGAUGAAUUCGAACAUGCCGGCCGUGUUGGUCGCGAGCAAAUGCGAAGCGCCUCAAGAAGAACAACAGGUCAAUGCAGAUGAAUUGGCGAACCAUACGCUCUUCAAAUCUGUGUUGGCCCACUAUAAGAUCUCCUCCACCAGCCCCGACAUAGAUCGAAGCUGUUUGCAUGCCAUUCUCAGGGCUGCCGUCGCUCACAGAAGGGGCAUGUCACCACAAGAGAUUGAGAUUGGCGAGAUGGUUGCUGCUCGCAAGAGGGCGCAAUCGGCCGCGAACCUCGACGCCCCCGAUACUAGCAGCCGGCCAGUCAGCCAAGGAAGACACAACCGUGCGAGCUCGGAUUUUUCGCUGCUUCGCGGCUUCCAAGCUCCGGGCUCCGGCACUCCUGGUGCCGAUGGCCAGUUGCAGAAACCGGCGUCCAGGAGUCCACACCGAGAUGCCCGAGGAAGCGAUGCCUUCCUUGAUGUUGACGAGUCCGACACUGAUUCUCGUCGAUACUCGGACGACAUUCCCAUCUUGCAGCGAAACGACGAUGUUGUUAUAGACAAACAGCAGAAGAAGAUGACGGGUCUGUCAUUCGACGAUCUCGUGGAUCGGCUGCUAGCGCUGCGCCUUUCCAGGGCAGAUGCCAACUUCACCGAUGUGUUUCUCUGCCUGUAUCGAAAAUUUGCUGCUCCUGGAAAGCUCUUUUCCGCAAUCCUGAUGCGGCUGGAUCGCGUAAGGGAUGACAAGACGACGCAUCACCUGACCAAGACAGCCACUCAGCUUAGAAUCAUCGAGACCAUGGCCAAAUGGGUGUCUCUGUAUCCCGGCGACUUUGCUCGCCUCAGGACGCGACGAAAUCUGGAUGAGUUUAUCAGAUAUCUUUCCACGGAGCCAAUUUUCUGCAUAGCUGCCAGGCAAAUGCACCGGAACCUUACCCUCCACGUCAUAGAAGAUGAUGACACAGGUUGGGCCAAUGCCGACGAUGCUAAUGAUCAGCUAGCCAGCGACAUUCUCUCUAAGGAAUUGAGUGAGCUACCGGCGGGGCUGACUGCCUUGCAGUUUGAGGAAGACGGCAAUUUUGAGCGACCAUCUGUGAGCUCGGAGAAUCUCAACAGAGUAGUUGGCAGUGGUGGCCAAAUUCAGCUCUAUUCAUACGAAGACUAUGAGAGAGAAGCCAGCACCUUGGACCCCACAGCCCAGUUACCGAUGAACAAGUUCCGUUACCGCAUCUUUGUCGAAAUCAAGGAUGACGAUAUUGCAGAUGAGCUCACCCGGAUCGACUGGAUCAUGUUCUCUUCCAUCCGAAUCCGCGAUUUUGUGCGUCACGUCAGCUUGCCAGCCAGCCAAAAGGAGAGCUGCAAGAGCUUGAACAAUAUCAACCGCAUGAUCAACCACUUCAACCACGUUGCCAGGUGGGUCGCCAAUAUGAUUCUCCUCCGAGACAAGGCGAAACACCGAGCAGUUGUUCUCGAAAAGUUUAUGAAUAUUGCCCUCAAGCUUCGACAGCUCAACAACUACAACGGUUUGGCGGCCGUCUUGGCAGGACUUAACGGAACAGCAAUCCACCGCCUUGCCCAAACAAAGGUUCUAGUCUCGCCAGAGACUCAUAAGAAGUUUGCGAGAUUGCUCAUCUUGAUGGGUACUCAAAAGAGUCAUUUCGCCUAUCGACUGGCCUGGGAGAACUCUCCAUUGCCCAGAAUUCCCUUCAUUCCCUUGCACCGCCGCGAUUUGGUGUCUGCUGAGGAGGGCAGUAAAACACUCGUUGGGCCCAACGGCGACCGCAUCAACUGGAAGAAGUUUGAGGUCCUCGGAGAGGUUCUUUUGCCUCUCAUGAAGAGUCAGGGCACACCGUACCCUAACCUUUCCAAAAAUGACAAUGUUCGUGAGCUGAUAUUGAGCUGCCAUAUGACGACGGACGACGAGGAAAUUUAUCAACGAAGUAUUGUUGUAGAGAGCUCCUCGUCAGGAGGACCCUUGGAGCCAACCAAGAAGAUUUUCCCAUGGCUUAAAUAA